AUGCCUAAGAACAGCAAGGUGGUAAAAAGAGAAAUAGAUGAUGAUGUCAUUGAGUCAGUUAAAGAUCUCCUAUCAAAUGAGGAUUCUGUCGAAGAUGCUUUCAAGAAGAGUGAGCUGUCAGUUAGUGAUCCAGAGGACAAAGAUGUAGAUGUGGAAGAAGGGUCUGAUGUAGAAGAUGAGAGACCAGCCUGGAACAGCAAGCUUCAGUAUAUUCUGGCACAAGUUGGAUUUUCUGUAGGUUUGGGGAAUGUGUGGCGAUUUCCAUAUCUCUGUCAAAAAAAUGGUGGAGGAGCUUAUCUUGUGCCGUAUUUAAUUCUGCUGCUGGUCAUAGGGAUUCCACUUUUUUUCCUGGAGCUUUCAGUGGGUCAAAGAAUCCGUCAUGGAAGCAUUGGAGUGUGGAAUUAUAUCAGUCCCAAACUUGGUGGAAUUGGAUUUGCAAGCUGUGUAGUGUGCUUUUUUGUGGCUCUCUACUACAAUGUCAUCAUUGGAUGGAGUUUGUUUUACUUUUCUCAGUCCUUCCAGCACCCAUUACCAUGGGACCAAUGUCCUUUGGUAAAAAAUUCUUCUCAUACUUUUGUGGAACCAGAGUGUGAAAAAAGCUCCGCUACAACCUAUUACUGGUACAGAGAAGCACUCAAUAUUUCCAGCUCUAUCUCAGAGAGUGGAGGACUAAAUUGGAAAAUGACUGUCUGCUUGCUAGCUGCCUGGGUUAUGGUGUGCCUAGCAAUGAUUAAAGGUAUCCAGUCUUCAGGCAAAAUCAUGUAUUUUAGCUCUGUUUUCCCUUAUGUGGUACUUAUAUGCUUUCUAAUCAGAGGGCUGCUCCUAAAUGGUUCACUAGAUGGUAUACGCCACAUGUUUACUCCUAAGCUUGAAAUAAUGCUGGAGCCCAAGGUCUGGAGAGAAGCUGCUACUCAGGUGUUCUUUGCCUUAGGGCUUGGAUUUGGUGGAGUCAUUGCCUUUUCAAGCUACAACAAGAGAGACAACAACUGCCAUUUCGAUGCGGUUCUGGUGUCCUUCAUCAAUUUUUUCACUUCUGUGCUGGCAACUUUGGUGGUGUUUGCUGUUCUGGGCUUCAAAGCAAAUGUCAUAAAUGAAAAAUGCGUUAUCCAAAAUUCUGAAAAGAUUGUCACCCUUCUAAAUGCAGGCAAUCUUAGCAAGACUCUAAUACCUCCUCAUAUUAAUUUAUCGAGUAUCACGGCAGAUGAUUAUAAUUUGGUUUACGGUAUCAUCCAGAAAGUAAAUGAAGAAGAGUUUCCUCUUGGUCUAAAACCCUGCCUAAUUGAAGAUGAACUUAACAAGUCUGUUCAAGGGACUGGUUUAGCAUUCAUUGCCUUUACGGAAGCCAUGACCCAUUUCCCUGCUUCUCCCUUCUGGUCGGUGAUGUUCUUCCUCAUGCUGGUCAAUUUGGGGCUUGGCAGCAUGUUUGGAACCAUUGAAGGGAUCACAACUCCUAUAGUAGACACCUUCAAAGUGAGAAAAGAGAUUCUGACUGUCACGUGCUGUCUUCUGGCAUUUUGUAUUGGCCUAAUAUUUGUACAGCGGUCUGGUAAUUACUUUGUAACUAUGUUUGAUGACUACUCAGCUACGCUACCUCUGCUUAUCGUUGUCAUUUUGGAGAAUAUUGCCAUGUCUUAUAUCUAUGGGAUAGACAAAUUUAUGGAAGACCUAAAGGAUAUGCUUGGUUUUGCUCCAAACCAAUACUAUUACUACAUGUGGAAAUAUAUUUCCCCAAUUGUUUUGUUAUCUUUGCUGGUAGCUAGCGUUGUCCAAAUGAUAUUAAGCCCCCCUGGUUACAAUGCAUGGAUUGAAGACAAGGCAACUGAGGAAUUCCAGAACUACCCAACAUGGGGGCUGAUUGUCUGUGUAUCUCUGAUUGUUUUGGCCAUGCUCCCUGUCCCAGUAGUCUUUGUGAUUCGCUGCUGCAACCUUAUUGAUGAUAGCUCUGGUAGCUUGGCAGCUGUUUCCUACAAAAGGGGGCGCAUUAUAAAGGAGCCUGUGAAUCUCGAGGGAGAUGACACCAGUCUGAUUCAUGGGAAGAAUCCAAGUGAAGUGCCAUCUCCAAAUUUUGGGAAAAACAUCUACCGAAAACAGACUGACUCUCCAACUGUGGAUACCGCUCCCAAUGGUCGCUAUGGCAUUGGCUAUCUAAUGGCCAACAUGUCAGAUAUGCCAGAGUCUGACUUGUAGCUGCAAAGCAAAAUUGAUGUCUCUGUUCUUUUCCUGAACCAUGGAACAUUUGUUCUCUUAAGAGAAGUGGUCAGCUUCACUUCCUAGAGUGCAAUCUCAGGUGCCCCAUGACUACAUACUUCGAAACAUCAUGACAUGUGGUACAAAUAGCUUGAAAAUUCCCUUUGGCUUGAUUCUGUGAUUCCAUUUGUACUGAAGGGAAUGCACAUAAAUACCAAUCAGUGAUGGCCUAGCUGUGUCAGGAUUGCCAAUUUUUAAAAAAAAUAUUUUUGCAUUUAAUUUGAACAUUUUCUAUCUUUAAAAGUACAGGUGUUACCUCAGUUUAUAGCAAUUUUUAAAGUGAAUUCAUAUUUCUCUACUGCUGUAACUGGAAGUUCUUUUCCUCCCCUGCAAACUUUAACGCCCCAGUAUUGUACAAAAUUAACUCCAAAGAGUUUACCAAGCCUGUAUUUGACAGCACUUACUUGUACAUAAGUUUUGUAGAUAUCCUGUACUUUUUUUAAGCGCUCACACUUCGUUAGGCUACUAGCUGAGUAAAAAACAAAAACAAAUUAAAAACCCUGCAGAUUAUUUUCUUACAUGUAAUAGCUGUAUAGAGCAAUAGUAUUAGAAAACCAAGUAUGAUUAUGCUGGAAACACAAAAUUCCUCAUACUCUGAGGAAGUGCAUAUGAUGUGGCUGAAUUUUACAUACUAUAUUUGGUUUUUCAGUGUGAAAAUUAUGUAAAAGUGAGUCACUCUAAGACUCUUACAGAGUGUGCAGAUUCUGCAUUUUUCUAAGCUGUGUGCCUAAAAACAAAACAAAAAACCUUCCUAAUAUUUAUUGUGGGUACAAUAUUACAUAUAUUAUAUUUAUAUAUAAUAUACUUGUAAUGUACAUAUGUAUAGUACUGUUGUUAUGUAACAGCUUCAAACCUCGAAGCAAGACAGCUUUAAACAUGUUUUUUUUUCCUGUUUUGCUUCUGUUUUAUGCAAAGAGGAAAUCUUUUUUCCCCCUAGUCAAUGAUCAUUAAAAGUUGUAUGCCAUUGCAUUUAAUCCAGGAAUAAAGAGAGUGGAAAGGUG